AUGGUACGCAUAUUUGUGUCUGGCAUCAGAGACAAGCGCUUGACAACUGAAGUUGAGGGUGUCAAGUACAAGAAGUUGAGUCACAACGAUAACACUUACAGCCUUCCCACAGGCGAUGUUAAGAGAUCCGUCAGUGUAGAUGAUGACAGAAGCCCUCAGGAAAAAAAAAAAUCGCGGCCGGGGCAGCUGCCGCAGCAGGAGCGAGCACCUAUAGAUCUUGACCCUCCAGUGGUCAAGGAUGCAGUGAACUCAACGUACAACAUCGACGCACAGAUCGGGGACUCCUCAGCCUGUGCCACAGCCCUCAUGUGUGGGGUAAAGGCCAACGUCAACACUCUGGGGCUUGAUCACAGGGGCAAGUUCGAGGACUGUAUGUCUACCUACACCGCCGGGGUCACCUCCAUCACCGACUGGGCACAGAAACAUGUCAAGAACCAACAGUCACAGGCAACCAACAGUCCCAACAGUCCCAGCAACCAACAGUCCCAGCAACCAACAGUCCAAUGCAAGUCCAACAGUCAACCAGCAACCAACAGCGGCCAACAGUCCCAGCAACCAACAGUCCUGAAGAACCAGCAACCAGGUCCCAGCAACCAACAGUCCCAGCAACCAACAGUCCCAGCAGCCAGCAGUCAUAGCAACCAGCAGCAACAACAGUCCCAGCAACCAGCAGUCCUGCAACCAGCAACCAACAGUCCCAGCAACCACUCAGUCCCAGCAACCCAACAGUCCCAGCAACCAGUCCAGCAACCAACAGUCAUAGCAACCAACAGUCAGCAACCAACAGUCCUAGUAACCAACAGUCCCAGCAACCCAACGGUCAUAGCAACCAGUCCUAGCAACCAACAGUCCCAGCAACCAACAGUCCCAGCAACCAACAGCGUCCCAGCAACCAACGGUCCCAGCAACCAACAACAGUCAGCAACCAACAGUCCCAGCAGCCAACGGUCCCAGCAACCAACUGUCCCCAGCAACCCAACGGUCAGCAACCAACAGUCCCAGCAACCAACAGUCCCCAGCAACCAACAGUCCCAGCAGUCCAGCAGUCCCAGCAAAUCAACAGUCCCAGCAACUAACAGUCCUAGCAACCAACAGUCCCAGCAACCAACAGUCAGCAGCCAACAGUCCCAGCAACCAACGGUCAUAGCAACCAACAGUCCAGCAACCAGUCAGUCCCAGCAGCCAACAGUCAGCAACCUGGUCAGCAACCAACAGUCCCAGCAACCAACAGCCCAGCCCAACAAUACAACGGUCAGCAACAGUCCUAGCAACCAACAGUCCUAG